GUUGGUGCUGCAGCGCGCUGCAUUAUGGGACAUAGCGUACAGAAAGGGAUUUGCCAAAAAGGAGCCAAAAACCUUGAAGAAACGAAACGGCUUAUAAAGUUUUUACUAACUGGCCAGGGUAGUAUUAGUGGUUUGAAAUACUAAUGUAAAUGUCGUAGCUAGCUACGUCUGGUUCCUGAAUGCCUCUGAAAUACAAGGAAUGAGAGGCAACAAGCUAAAGCGGCAGGGAUAACACAGCCCCGCUCCGCUGUCGUUUGGUGCUUUGUGCGCGCCUGUCUGCACGCCUGCCCGGUUGGAGUGUGUUUACAUCGGCUGAGUUGACCUCCUCCACCCGAGGCCCAUCCGGAAUUUUCCGCAGGCCUGCCCACAUAUCCUUGAUUGACGCUUAUAAGGUCCCGCCCCCGUCCACCUCGCCCCCCUCCCCUCCCCAGCCCAGACCAUGGGGGUGAAGACGUUCACCCACAGUUCGCCCUCCCACAGCCAGGAGAUGCUGGAAAAGCUCAAUGCCCUGCGUAGCCAGGGUCACCUGUGCGACGUCACCAUCCGUGUCCAGGACCAGCUGUUCCUGGCGCACCGCGUGGUGCUGGCCUGCUGCAGCGACUUUUUCCGCUCGGCGUUGCUGGGCCGCGGUCCCGACGAGCCCGACCCGGCCGUGCUGGAGCUGCACCACGUCACCGUCAGCGGCUUCACCCCCCUGCUGGAGUACGCCUACACCUCCACCCUCUCCAUCAGUACGGAGAACAUCAUAGACGUGCUGGCAGCUGCCAGCUACAUGCAGAUGUUCUCCGUGGCCAGCACCUGCUCUGACUUCAUGAAGUCCAGCAUCCUGUGGAGCCCCGGGGGCCUGGGGGGGCCCGGGGGCCUGGGGGGGCCCGGGGGCCUGGGGGGGCCCGGGGGCCUGGGGGGGCCCGGGGGAGGCCUGGGUGGGGACAAGCCCCAAGACCCCGCCCCUGAGGGAGCCUCCUCAGGGCUGACGCCGCUGGACGGGAGCCUGUCGCCCGUGUCCUCCGACUGCAGCAUCAUGGAGCGGAACAUCCCUGUGUGCCGCGAGUCGCGCCGCAAGCGCAAGAGCUUUGUCAUGAUGUCACCGGAGAGCCCUCUGAAAUGCCCCUCGCAGAUGAUCUCCUCCUCCCCCCAGGUGGCCAACCCCUCCCCUUCCUUCUCCGAGGCCUCCGGCCAGCCCGUGGACUCCUCGCUGGCCUUCCCCUGGACCUUCCCCUUCGGCCUGGACCGUCGCUUCCACCCCGACAAGCCCAAGCAGUCUGAGAGCCCCCGAGGCCUGGAUCAGAUAGGUGUGGCCGGGACGGCGGGGCCCGAGGUGGGUCGCAGGCUGAGCGAAUUCCUGUCGUGUGAAAGCGGGAAGGCGUCGUCGUCCCUGGCAACGGAGGAGGAGGAGGACGUUAGGGUUAAGGUGGAGCGCCUCAGUGAUGAGGAAGUGCAGGAGACAUGCUCACAGCCAAUCAGCGCCUCCCAGAGCUCUCUGAGCGACCAGCAGACUGUGCCGGGAAGCGAGCAGGUGCAAGAGGACCUCCUGAUCAGCCCCCAGUCCUCCUCUAUAGGGUCUAUGGACGAGGGCGUGUCAGAAGGCCUACCCUCAAUGCAGAGCACAGCCAAUCCUGGAACCCAUGCCGAUGACGAAGAUAGGUUGGAGAGCCUGCAGUAUCCCUACCACCUGUACAUCAGCCCGUCAGCCAGGCCGGGGGCCAACGGCCCGGAGAGACCCUUCCAGUGCCCCACCUGCGGGGUCCGCUUCACACGCAUCCAGAACCUCAAGCAGCACAUGCUCAUACACUCCGGCAUUAAGCCCUUCCAGUGUGAUCGCUGUGGGAAAAAGUUCACACGGGCCUACUCCCUAAAGAUGCACCGGCUCAAGCACGAAGGUAAACGCUGUUUCCGGUGCCAGAUAUGUAGUGCCACCUUCACCUCCUUCGGUGAAUAUAAGCACCACAUGAGGGUCUCCCGACACAUAAUCCGCAAGCCGCGGAUUUACGAGUGCAAAACGUGUGCCGCCAUGUUCACCAACUCUGGCAAUUUAAUUGUUCACCUGAGGAGUCUGAACCAUGAGGCGUCCGAACUAGCAAACUACUUCCAGAGCAGUGAUUUCCUCGUGCCCGACUACCUGAGCCAGGUGCAGGAGGAGGGGUCUCAGGGUCAGUAUGAGGAGCUGGGGGAGGAGCCUGGCUUCACUGGCCCCUCCUCCUCCUCAGUCCAGCUGCCCGUCAUCUCCCAGGUCUCCUCCUCCACCUCUGGCUGCGAGGGUGGCCUCCUGUCCCUGGAUCCCCCGGACCCCCCGGAUCCCCUGGAGGCCCCGGCCCUAAAGCAGGAGCAGGAGGCUGGGGUGUGCAAGGGGCUGAAGUCCCACCCCUGCCCCUCCAGCCCCAGCACGUCCCCGGACGGCUCCCAGGUGGAGGAUUUGUCCCACUUAAAGGAGCUGGAUGCCAUCACCAUAGAGUGACCACCUCCCCGUCCCCCCUAAGCCACACCCUAUCAUGCCACACUUGCUCUCAGCCAAUCAAAGUCCUUCCCCCGCCUUUGGAAAGUGCCUGAGACUACGCCCCUUCCACAACAAGCACCAUAACUAUUACAAGUCUCGACUCUGAAACAAGUCUCUUUUUUUUUUUAAACAUGUUUUUUUUACGCUCUUUUAUGUGUUUAUGUAUUUUUUUCUUCAGUACUUUUGCUUUAUGCAAGCCGUCAAUGUUACUGGAUAUUGUUAAUUGCAAGAGCUGAUUGUUUUAAUAUCUGAAUGCUGUGUUGGAUGUUGUAGUGCUUUCCAGUAUGUCGGAAUUGUGUUUGUGUUUUCCUUUCUCCAUAUCAACACAGGAAAAAAAAAUCUCUCUAUACAUAUAAGGACAAAUCUUCAAAAAAUGUCAUCACUACGUCAUGUACAUGGUAGACUCUCAUGGGAGAUAUCAGAAAGAGACACAGCAGAACCUGGGAUCUGCUCCUCCAGAAGGUUUAGUGUGAUGGAUUGGAAGACAGUUUUGUACAACAGAUAAAUAAUAUACAUGUAUUUUUUGUUUUCAAAUUUUGUUCGAUGAAACCUGUCGGUUUGUCUUGUAAAUGUAGUUUAUGGGUCCCUCAAUCCUCUUUCCUUCCCUGGCCGGGUCCUGGCCUGGUCCUGGUCUGGUCUGGUCUGGUCCUGGUCUGGUCUGGUCCUGGUCUGGUCUGGUCUGGUCUGGUCCUGGUCUGGUCUGGUCCUGGUCUGGUCCUGGUCUGGUCCUGGUCUCUUAUUGGGGCUGGAGGUGUUUUGUAGAGGACAGUUUGAAAUGUUUUGACCAUAUCCAGCCCUUUCAAGUCCAGCCCUUUCAAGCCCUGCCUGGUCACGUCCUAUCCUCCCAGGAAGGUAAAUCAGUUUUAUAUAUGCACAUAGUUGUGCCCGAACAAGUCUCAUGAAAGCCUGAAAGCAUAUGGGUUGACUCUACUGAUAUUUAUUACGUGGAAAGACAUAACUAAUCCAGUACAUGAGUUUGACUGGUCUACAACAUAGGGGACAAGGUUGUCCUACAAUCACAGGAUGUUAACAUCUGACAAACAAACUGGUACAAACAGUGUGCCCUCUAAAUCGUAGUGCCAUCUUCCUCGUUUCUGGGAGGCUCCACCUCCUAUUGGACCAAACCUGUUUUUGGGGGUGGGGCUGUAGCUAUGACAACAGUGAAAGAGCGUUUAUAUGUAAUACAAGCAACACUGUAUGGUGCAUCAAAGCAACUGGCCUUACUCUACACAGAUGUGGAGAAUUAAGAUGCACACUUAACAAUUUUAAGACAUUUUCAGUUCUCAUGUUUUUCUGCUUCUGCCCGCUUUGUGUGUGCUUCUGUGUGUUUUUAUCUGUGUGUGUGUAUUGUGUGUGUGCGUGCUUGUGCAUUGCAUACUUACGUACGUGUAUUUCUUCAUAGAAUAUUUUAUAAAGAAACGCUGCUGUUUGUAGAAACAUAAAGUGCCCAGAGUGUGGUGAACCUGCCUGUUGUGUGCAAUAAGAAGAUAAGGUUGGAGAGGAUAUCCUGUCAGAGUAAUAAGAGGUAGAAUGUACUGUUUUGUUUCACUGUGUUCAAAAUGUGACUGAAAACUAAGAGAAGUGAUUCCUGAAAUCAAGGUUCUGUGAAGUUUAUGAAAGCAGUUUGUUUUCUUACAAAUGUCAUUUUUGGCAUUUCUUUUCGUUAAGUGAAGUGCAUGUUCAUUUGGUAUUUCUGUGCCUCUGAGAGCAUGUGCUGCUUGCCGUCAUCAGUUGGCUGUACAGCAAGGCCUGGGUGAGGUCGCUGGGUCAGCGAGGCCUGGGUGAGGUCACUGGGUCAGCGAGGCCUGGGUGAGGUCACUGGGUCAGCGAGGCCUGGGAGAGGUCACUGGGUCAGCGAGGCCUGGGUGAGGUCACUGUCAGCGAGGCCUGGGUGAGGUCACUGGGUCAGCGAGGCCUGGGUGAGGUCACUGUCAGCGAGGCCUGGGUGAGGUCACUGUCAGCGAGGCCUGGGUGAGGUCACUGGGUCAGCGAGGCCUGGGUGAGGUCACUGGGUUAGCGAGGCCUGGGAGAGGUCACUGUCAGCAAGGCCUGGGUGAGGUCACUGGGUCAGCGAGGCCUGGGUGAGGUCACUGUCAGCGAGGCCUGGGUGAGGUCACUGGGUCAGCGAGGCCUGGGUGAGGUCACUGGGUUAGCGAGGCCUGGGUGAGGUCACUGGGUCAGCGAGGCCUGGGUGAGGUCACUGGGUCAGCGAGGCCUGGGUGAGGUCACACAGUAAUUUGCUGCCUCCUGCUCUGGUGAAAUAUAGACUCAGUGAUGUCAUACCUGGGUAAGAAGGCUCCACCCUCCAAGAAUGAGAUUCUCCCUUGCUGCCGGGAUUGGCCAGUGUAUCAGGUUGCCAGGGGCAACAUUACACCUGCCGGUGCUGACAGGAAGUUGGGUGUCUUAUUAAGUACAUGCCUCUGGCCAGUAUUUGGACAGGGCUGAGUCUUACCUUUAAAGGUUCUCUAUAGUUGAGCAUGUCUUCUGUUUUCCUUCAAGACGUAGCUUCUCUUGUGCAAUGUGUGAAAAUAUCUUACUUAUACAGUAUAUGCCUUUUCAGUGUAAACAUGUUAUAGACACAGUACAGUACCUUUUCUGGUCCACAAUGUUGGUUUAAAUAUGACGGUAGCUCUUAUAACUAUAUAUAUUAUAUUUUUGUGACUUUUUUGUAUGACGGUUGCUGUUUUAUGGGUAUGCCAUCUUUGGAUAACCUUGUUCAAUGUGAAUCCAGAAGUGUGACUUGAAGGCCUGGUGUAGGCCUUGAAGGGAGCAGAGGCACACCUGUGCAUUGUAUAUUCUGAAUACUGUAAGGUGCAUUAAGACCAACCCUGCUUUGGAUCACUUAGAAAGCUGUUGUAUAUUGUGUCUAUUUAAUCUGUGGUUUAACCCGGUGGUUGGGGUCAGUACUACGAUCUGUCCUUGCCAGUGUGUCCUGAGCAGGUGUUGCUGAUGACGUCAUGACUACGGUGUUUAGUUAGACUGUGGUGAGUGUAACUAGACGGCUCGAGAGAAUCUUUGAGGUUGACUAUUGGAAAACAGACGGAGCCACUUUGUACUCUCACGGUAUUGGUUGUUCCUGUUCCAGAGGGGGCGUGUCCUCUGUCUGCAGCUCUGUAUUUUAAAGUGCAACAUGUAAAUAAAGAGUUGAGUUGUC